GGCAGGCCCAGCCGCGGCCCAGGCGCAGCCACCGCAGCCACCACCGACCGGAACAUGGGGCGCAAGGCGAGCCCCGGGGCGCAGGAGCGCGUGGACGAGGAGGCACGGACCUGCUGCGGCUGCCGCUUUCCGCUGCUGCUGGCGCUGCUGCAGCUGGCUCUGGGCAUCGCGGUGACCGUGCUGGGCUUCCUCAUGGCGAGCAUCAGCCCCUCCCUGCUAGUCAGAGACACUCCGUUCUGGGCUGGGAUCAUUGUCUGCGUGGUGGCCUACCUUGGGCUGUUCAUGCUCUGUGUGUCAUACCAAGUUGAUGAGAGGACAUGUGUCCAGUUUUCGAUGAAAGUGCUCUACUUCCUGCUGAGUGCCCUGGGCCUGGUGGUCUGCACGCUGGCGGUGGCAUUCGCCGCCCACCACUGCUCCCUGCUUUCCCAGUUUACCUGUGAGAGUUCUCUGGAUUCUUGCCUGUGCAAACUGCCUUCCUCGGAGCCUCUCAGCAGGACCUUUGUGUACCGGGAUGUGGCCGACUGUACCAGCAUCACGGGCACUUUCAAACUGUUCUUAAUCCUUCAGAUGGUCCUCAACCCGCUCUGUGGCCUUGUGUGCUUGCUGGCUUGCUUUGUGAUGUGGAAACACAGGUAUCAGGUCUUUUAUGUGGGUGUUAGGCUGCGCUCCCUGAUGGCUUCUGAUGCUCAACCACAAAAGGCCUAAGAGCUUGGCUCAGGGGUAGAGGCGGAAACGGAACCCUGACUAGCCAAGGUGAAAAAUUGCAAUUUUCUAAAGGCAAACUUUUGAAAACAAAUUAUUCAUUCUCUAAGGGAAUAUUUUUAGAUUUUUUUCCAGAAAACAAAAGAACUUUUUUUAGAUCUCUAUUGGUACAUUCUAAAAUGUUCUUGUGAGGACAGCGUGGAGAGAUGGCUCACACGUCCUCCUGCAGAGGACCCGAGUUCAAGUUCAAUUUCAGAACCCAAGUUGGGUGGUUCACACCCCCUGUAUCUCCAGUUCUGUGGGCAUGGGGUACCCCAUACACAUACAAACACAAAAAUCUAAUUUUUUAAAAGAUUUUUAUUAGAAACAAGAUUCAGAAUGAUUUGAGAAACCCUGAAAGGCAAAGGAUUGACAGAGGAGGACCGAGCGACCGGGAUCUGGUGCUGCACUUGGGGGCUUCCUCCUUACUCUUUCAUCUGUGACUCAUGUGGCCUCCUUUCCUGUCCGUCCAGUGUGAGGUGGGAACUGGUGUGCAAGGCCUCUUCCUAGACUGUAGAUUCUUCUAGUUCCUUCUACCACCUGCCAUUAUUCACGUGGUGUCUCCGAGAAUGGUAAGGUCUGGGGGAAGACGAAUAUCUGUGCUGAAUGCUUUUCUUUUUCACAGCAGAGAUGUCCUUAAGGACUGAAAUAGCUUUUUUCAAAAAAAAAGUAGAACAGGAAGGCUGAGUAAAUUAUAAACACCUGGGCUGGGGGGCAGCCUCUGGCUGCCUUAGCUCUGCCCCAUGAGUGGGCCGCAGCCUCCAUGACCGUCAUCCGCAGCCUCGCUCCGUGACUGUCUACGGCCCCCAUGAUUACCCACUUCACCUCAUUGAAAGGUGGCUCCAUUACAUUCUUAACGCCGUAGAAAGUUUAAAAAUAAUUAUAUUAUGCCUCCAGUCUGUCAUCUAAAACAAAUCAUUAAGACUAAUUUCCAGCUAAUUGUUCACUAUAAUUGGGCUCAGAAGUCUGUUUAAUGAGCUCUGGCUGUACUAGGCUGCGCUGUUGGUGUUAAGAAAAAUUAUAGCCACAAGGGAAGAUGUCUGAAGAUGCACUUUCCUGGAAGCCGACCACUGCAGAAAAGAACUUGUGAUUUACAAUGCUCUUGGAGAAAAAAGCAAGAGCGUUUGUCAUAGGAAACACACUAUUAGCGCAGUGGUGAUGUGCUGGAAAGUGUCUCCCUUGACAGCUGAGCACCUUUGAUGGUGAUUGGGUAGCACUGGUGAUUGCUCUCAUAAGCUUGGCCUUCCUAUGAAGGCCUACUAAUGCUGACUUUCACAGUGGACCUAGACACAAAUGUCUCAAAGUCAUUAUUUGGCGAUAUGUCCAUGGUAGAGGGUCGAUUUAGUUUCGUUAGACUUAAGACACGGGUACUUUGUUGGGAUGGACUUUGCUGUGUUGUUGUCAUUAAUAAAUUCAGAAAAGCAUUGAGGAAGGGCUCACCUGGGAAACCCACAUCGUGUAAAAACCACCAAGAAUGUCUCUCUUAGUCGGUGUCUCUAAGUUCUGGGCCAUAGUGCAGCCAAGGUUGCUGUCCAGCUGCUUGUUCAUAUCCUUUGCUAGUCAGAACAUUUGCCUUAAAGGGAACAUACGUCCUCCUUUGCCCUUGAGAGUCGGUGGAGAGUCCAUAGUGGUGACAAUGGAGUCAGUCCCGUGUGACACACACACCCAACUAAAGGAAAGAGUUAAGCUAGUCAGCUGGAGGACUGUCUCUGUAGUUUACUCCGGGAACACUCCUUAUGGUCUGACUUGCUUUGAGUCUGCCCUUCUCGCCUUCUGGCUCAGGUCAGGAAGGCCCAUCAGAGGGGAGAGUGAGUAAAAUCCCACCAGAGGUCUGAUUCCAAUGUUACAUGAGCACAGCGCUAACCCUCCAGAUACUGACCUGAAAACCCUUCCAUCUUUGUUAAGAACAACUAACUCUGGCUGGGGAGAUAGCUUGGUUUGCCAAGUGCUCGCCACCCCAGUGAGAACCUGGUCCUUAGAACCCAGAUGAAAAGGCCAAGCCUAGUGACAUGUGCUUGUAAUCCCGGGACAGGUAGAGACAGGUAGGUCACUGGGACUCCUGGACCAGCCAGCUUUUGUUUAAUGAUUGAAUUCUGGGUCCCCGGUAAGAGUUUGUCUCAAGAAACAGAAACAAAGAAACCACAGUGGGCAGCUGACCUCUGGUCUCCACAUGUAUCACACACACGGUUGCACCUACGCACAUGUAAAGAAUAACUGAAUUCACAUUGACUUGUGGUAGUUUUCUAUAGAAGUAGUAAAAUGAUUGGGAAUCUGGGAUCUCACAGGCCGUCCUUUCAAAGCGAGGCUGUAGACAUGCCGGCGUCUGUGCUCGGGGCACACAGGACACCUUUCCCAGCUUCACCAGCAAACCCAACAGGGGUUUUGUUUGUUUGUUUGUUCAUUUGUUUGCUUUUAAUGAGAAAUUAAGAUCCCCACACAGUUAGGUUGCUCUAUACAAAUGACUCACGGGGCAUUUUAAAGGGUGGAAUAAUUUUAGCCUGCAGGUUUCUCCUUUUCUUACAGUCAGGAGUAGGCAUGGUCUGCAUAGAAUGGGGAUUUUGCUAUGAUAUGAUCAAACUAUUCUUAACUCCCCAAAGAGGGGGGAACAUUGUAAGUGCACAGAGGGAGCAAAAGCAAAUGAAUGGAUCCCUUAGCUAAAGUGCACUGGUACGUGUAAGAAUUGCGUUGCAUGAAUAACAAAUGGCUUUGGGCUGGAUUUGCAGUAUUUUGACAUUGUUUUGCAAAUAUUGAAGCUGCAGGAAGGGCAACAGAGAAGGAGCAGGCACACAGCUUCUCACUUAGCAAAAUGUUACACUUCAAAUCUGUCAAGGAGCCAGGAUGGUGACUGUGCCUUCCAAACCCUAAAACAGCAAGGUUUGCACAGCCCCCUCCACAAGCCUCCUUCAGGAGAAUGAAAGGAAUCAAGAUUUUGCAAAGAAGAGAAACGGCCAGGACUUGGCAGCACUUGGAAUAGGAAUACGACAGCCUGCGUGUACAGGCUGUAACCGAGCCCACUCAACGGAUCUGUGUCUUGGUGUGACCAUCAUCUGUAGCUCCCAAGCUCCGUCCAAACUGGUGUAGGCUGCACCUUGGAGCCAUGCCUGAACCGUAGCUACUCUACAGCCCUAGAAACGGUAGUCAAGUAGCGGCCUCACGUUCCUCCUUUGGAUGGAGAGCUGAGAUGUCCUCAUUGAGUGCCUUCCAGCGUGUUUCCGCAGCGAAUGCCGUUCUGUACAUGUUUUCUAUCCAUGUCCAACGCAAUCUCCGGAGUCGCUUCUGCUUCCUUCUACGUGCAGUAUACGGUACACGAUGAGAUUGCUGUAGAAACUGGAUCAAAGCUCUCGGGGGGUGCAGGAAUUGGGGAGCAGUUGUUGAGCGGUCACCGAAAGACGACCGGAAAUGGACUUGAAAGCUGCCCGUCAUUUGUGGACGUGAACUGGGUCCUGGUACUUGCUGGCGACCGUCUCUGACUUCUUGCUCCAUGCUCGCAUUUGUAUACACACGCCACUGGAUUUUCCUCUGGUUAAAAACCCACAGUGUGCUUAGCAGUGCAGUGCAAGCUCUGUCUGUGUGCCGGCCAGAUGCUUGGUGCUGAAGCCACCGAAAUGAGUUCACGUCUCUGAUUUUCUUGUCUCUCAUGAGCACUGUCCCUUUCCGAACCGUGGGUCUGUGUGAUUUGGUGCUGCAGUUUCCUUCUCGGGCCUUGAGCAGGCCAAGAGUAGAAGAUGAAGUGUUUCUAUACAUCUGUUUUUAAAGGGGGUGCAUGUGUUUCCUUUAUUAAUAAACUGUUCAUAAUC